GUUAGUUGGCCUGCUGGUGACGGUGAUAGUCAGUUUGAAAAGAGGAAGCACUCACUAGAGAUCUUCAGUAAAGAGGAAGAUUCGAAUCGGUGAAGAACGGUGUCGUAUACGGGUGUUGUGCUAUAUUUUCUCUUAACUGAUAGUCAGAAUUGAAAAUAUGAAGAACGUGCUAGCUGUUUUGGUACUUGCACUCAUAGGACUGGUAUUAGCUCAAAAAGAUUCCCAAGAGGACCCUUGUAAGCUAAAAUCAAGAUUAGUAAGCGAUAUCACUUACUGCGACAGGUAUUGGGAAUGCGUCAACGGUCAACCAGAAUUGUACGAUUGCCCCAACGGAUUGGUAUUCGCCGGCAAAAAUAAAGGAGUCACUGAAGGAUGCGAUUAUCCUUGGAGGGCGAAUUACUGUGAUGGAAAACAACAAGCUAAUCCACCAAUCGGCACCGAACACUGUGGAUGGUUGUACGGUAUUUUCGGGCACGAAACGUCGUGUACAAGAUACUGGACAUGUUGGAACGGUACCGUUACAGAACAGUUCUGCAUAGGAGGCUUGUUGUACAACGAGAAGACCCACUCUUGUGACUGGCCCGAAAAUGUCGAAGGAUGCCAAAAACAUCCUCUUUGCAACGACGAUCCCAACGGCAAUGUACCACUAGGAAAAUCCUGUAACCGAUACUGGCAAUGCCAAGGAGGUUAUCCCCGUCUCCAAAGAUGCCCCGCCAUGUUGGUCUUCGACAGGAACUCCCUCAGAUGCGUGGUACCACCAACAGAAGACUGCGACGUACCCUCAACUCUCCCACCACCGAUUCAAGACGAUGACGAACUGGACAACAUUCCCCAAAACAAUCCCAAGAACAAGGGAAUUCCGAAUUUACCUAAUUUACCACCUGGCGCCAUCCCUGUGCCAGAUAAAGGACAGAACCGGCCUAGGAAUAAUAAUUAGUGUAGCGAUAUGAGAAAAAAGGGUGGUUGUUUCUUUUUCUCGAGAAUAGUGACUCAGUAAAUGAAGUUUCGUGAGUUGUGUUACGUGAGAAUCGCGAAUCAGUGACGUGUAUAGAGG